GAUUUUAUGCUUGUCGAUUCAACCGAAUUGGUGCCAGGAGAUUUAAUUGCCAUUCCCAGUAGUGGAUGUUUGAUGCAAUGUGAUGCAGUAUUACUGGUGGGGAACUGCAUCGUGGAUGAAAGUAGCUUAACAGGUGAAAGCCUUCCAAUUACAAAAAUCCCACUUCCCAAUGGACAAUCUGAAAAUACUACAUUUGAUUUUCAUUCUUGCCCACGACAUAUUCUCUUCAGUGGCACAUCAGUCAUUCAGACACGUGGUGACGUAAAUAAGCGUGUUUUGGCGGUAGUUAUCCGAACGGGAUUUAUGACCACUAAAGGAGAACUUGUGCGAUCUAUCAUGUUUCCAAAACCUAUGAAGUUUAAAUUUACUCAGGAUGUCUAUCAGUUCUUAGGAGCCCUUUGUGGAGUGGCGCUUGUUGGUCUGUGUGUCACUAUUUAUCUCAUGUAUUGGAAUAAGAAGGAUUUGUACUACAUUAUUUUGAGACCAUUGGACUUGGUAACGAUCGUGAUACCACCUAUUCUGCCAGUGGCGAUGAGUGUUGGAAUCGUUUUCGCUCAACGGCGACUUCGUAAUCAUGGUAUUUAUUGCAUAAAUCCAAGUGUUAUGAAUGUUUGUGGUGUGAUUAAUCUCACCUGUUUUGAUAAGACUGGUACUCUAACUGAAGAUGGGUUAGAUCUGUGGGGUGUCAUACCAAACAGAGAUGGAAUUCUUGGAAAGCCUGAAUGCGAGCCAUCAAAAUUAGAUUAUGGACCUUUGAUUGAAUGUAUGGCUACUUGUCAUUCACUGACUCUAAUAGAUGGCGUCUUAUCGGGUGACCCCUUGGAUAUGAAAAUGUUCCAGUCUACCAAAUGGGAAUUUAUUGAAGUUAUUUCGGAAGAUCAACAUAAUUUUGAUUUAGUUAUAUCGGCAAUCGUACGUCCCAAAGAAGAUGAAUAUGGAAAUAUAUUUGAAAAAAUACCAUAUGAGAUCGGCAUAGUACGUCAGUUCCCUUUCAGUUCGUCCGUACAACGGAUGUCUGUGAUAACACGUACUUUAAAAGAAUCUCAAUUUCAUAUAUAUACAAAGGGUGCUCCAGAGACAAUUGAAGUUUUGUGUCGACAUGAUACAAUACCUACUAAUUUCCGCUCGAAUUUGUUGGAAUUCACUCGGAAAGGCUUUCGCGUUCUGGCAUUGGCUUGGCGACCCAUCGAGGCAUCAUAUUUGCGUAUUAUGCGCAUAUCGCGUGACCGAGUUGAACAUAAUCUUUUGUUUCUGGGACUACUGGUGAUGGAGAAUCGACUGAAACCUGAGUCUGGUCCGGUUAUUAAAACUCUACGCCAGGCGAAUAUACGACCGGUUAUGGUAACAGGUGAUCAUAUUCUUACCUCUAUUUCUGUGGCACGAAACUGUGAAAUGAUUGAUGAACUAGAUCGAGUUGUUAUUGUGACAGCUCAUCCGCCACCUUGUCCUGGUAAUGAAAACCAACCAAUCCUUGUACCAAAUACUGGAUUAUCCAGUGAAACAAAUCCAAAAAACAUUCAGGACCCUAUCAAUGCAGGAGAUAAUAAAAAUUUCUCAGAUGAUCUAAUCAAUUCCCUUGUUCAGUUUCACUAUGCGGAAGACUUACAAAAACCGGUUACUGAAGUCGCGACAACUAACAUUCAACUGAAGCGAAAUCUAACCAAGACUGACAACAGAGAGACAUCGAAACCGUCAAUUUUCAAGCGAGUGGAAACAAGAUUUGGUUUUGGUCGAUCACAAAGUUCAUCAAAAGUCUUAACUGCGUACGUAAAUGUUUUAAUUCUGUUUUGACCAUUCAAACUUGUAUAUGUCAGCAGUGUUGAAUUGAGUAUAUCAUCGUUGGUAUUAUUAGUCCCCUAAAUAUAGUUAUUCUGCUUUCACUCCCUAUAAAUCAGCUUGUAUUAAAUUAGUUCACUUCAUUUGAUUAACAUGAUGUUCAACAAAAUUAGAACUUUGUAGAAAAA